GUGGCAUCUAUUUUUUUUUUUUUCAAACUUUACGCACUGGAUUUGAACAAUUUGACUUCUAAUCUGAACAUAGUCAUUGAGCAUACACUGAAGUAUCACGAGUAAAAAGAGUCACUUCAGGCUGAUCAUGUGAACACAGUCCCAAACUCGGUGUCCAAUCACAAGUCCUGCCCAAGCCGCCGGAAUCAGGACGCAUCCGAGUACCUCCCAAACUUUUCCCACCUCCAACUUCUUAGUCAACUCUCUGACAACUGCAGACAAGUCACACCCGAGUUUCUCUCCGUGCGUGGAGGCUGCAUGUUCGCACUGCGUGACACUGAGUUAUGUGUUUUCUGGACUGGGAUUAAUAAUCGAUCCCUUCAAAGUAAACAUGUCUUCGCCUGGAGGCUGGAGAGAUGACGAGGAUGCUGGACAACAACAACAACAAGCGGCGCGGCAGAAGAGUUGCGCGGCGCAGGUGUCGCGUUUGCCCUUCAGCGUGGAGGCGCUCAUGUCGGACAGGAGGCAGCGGACUGUCACGGACAACCACCUCCACCCGGAGUUACCACAUCAUCAGUCUGUGUGUGUGAAAAAUGAACCCGAGGAACAAAGGGACAGAAUCUCUUGGAUACCAAGCCCCAUUAAGAUGUCCACACCACCCCGGCAGCUCAGUGCAGCAGUGUGUUCCCUGAGGAAGCACAAAACCAACCGCAAGCCUCGCACUCCCUUCACCUCCACACAGCUCCUGGCUCUGGAGAGGAAGUUUCGUCAGAAGCAGUACCUUUCCAUCGCAGAGCGGGCCGAGUUCUCCUCCUCCCUGUCUCUGUCCGAGACCCAGGUCAAGAUCUGGUUCCAGAACCGACGAGCCAAGGCCAAGAGGCUUCAGGAGGCCGAGGUGGAGAAGCUGAAAAUAGCAGCUGGCGUCGGACCAAAGACUGUACUGCACCCAGGUUUCUCAUCCUUAAGUGUCCCACUCAGUGUUAACCUGCAGGCAGGUUCAGCAGCACUCUAUGGACUGGGCUACUCGUACGGCCGCGGCCCCAUUCACCCUGCUGCACAGCUGGCCAUGUACACCUCACAGGUCGGAUACAGCCUGUUCCACUUCACCUGAGAGUGAGCAGCUUUAUAGAAACAUAGAGUUGUGGAGCUUAAUGGGAAGGGUUUUUUUUUUUUAUAUAAGAGCAUACAUCAAGUCAUGCACCUUAUGAGAGACUAGUCUGGCACAGAUCUGAAGCUUCUCAUUUGAUGAGAACAUGUACUUGUGUUGGUCAUUUUGAGAAAGACUGUGGAUGAGGAUGAGGACACAGCAGCCCAGUCCUGUCUUUGAUGUUUGUCAGUGCUGCAUAUAUUGUAAUGAUUGAUUUGUCUGAUCUUGUGUCUCUGUAUUUCCUUCCGCUCAUUACCCUUGAAUAUGCAGGAAUAUUUGACACUCCUUUGUGAAAAAUGAGAUGCUACAGUCGGAGAGCCAACGAGUCAAGUGCAUGCUUGUUUAAAUGGAGACGUUUAUUUAUGGGAGUCUUUAGAAUCCUCAGUUUUGUUUUGCAUAGCUCCAAUUUCUGAAAGGUUAGUAUUCUUUGUUUGACUUUAAAUUAAAGCUUUUUUUUUUUUUAA